UUGAGUGGUGAAGGGAAAAUGAAUAUAGUGGUGAUGGUAAUCGUGGGAGUGGGUUUGUGGAGUGUGAGAGGAGGUGCACAACAAGUUCCAUGCUACUUUAUUUUUGGGGACUCAUUGGCAGAUAGUGGGAACAACAACAACCUCUGGUCAUAUGCUAGGGCCGAUUAUCUGCCUUAUGGGAUUGACUUCAGUUUUGGCCCAACUGGAAGGUUUUCCAAUGGCAAAACUCUUGUUGAUAUAAUAGCUGAAAGAUUGGGGUUGAGCAGCUACAUAGCUCCAUUUUCAAGAGCCAAUGAUAGAAACAUAUUUUCUGGAGUCAAUUAUGCUUCUGCAGGUGCCGGAAUUAGUGACGAAACUGGGCAGCACCUGGGAGGCCGUACCAAUUUUAGAGGGCAGGUGCAAAACCACAUAAGGACAGUGUCCUAUAUGUUAAAUUUACUGAGAGAUGCCAACAGAACUGAGGUUUAUCUGAAAAGGUGCAUUUAUUCAAUUGGAAUUGGCAGUGAAGAUUACCUUAACAACUAUUUUUUGACUCAACUCUAUCGCACCAGCACUCUAUACCCACCAGAUCGAUUUGCUGAUCUUCUUAUUCAACAAUAUGCUCAAUUCCUCAGGGUUCUGUACAACUACGGGGCAAGGAAAAUGUUGUUAUUUGGGGUUUCUCCAAUAGGUUGCAGCCCUUAUGCAUUGGCACAAAACAGCCCAGAUGGUAUAACAUGUGUGGAAACAUUGAAUUCUCCAAUUCAAUUAUUCAACAGCAGAGUGAGAUCUAUGGUUGAUCAACUCAACACCCAGUUGCCGAAUGCAAAAUUCACCUAUAUAAACGUUUAUGGUAUCUUUCAAGACAUAAUACGUAACCCAUCAAGCUUUGGUUUCAGAGUGGUAAAUGCUGGGUGCUGUAGGGUAGGAAGGAACAGUGGUAGAGUUACAUGUCAGUCACUUCAACAACCAUGCUCUAACAGGAACGAGGUGUUGUAUUUUGAUGCAUACAAUCCAAGUGAGGCUGCCAAUACUAUCAUCGGUAGGAGAGCUUACAACGCUCAAUCUUCAUUAGAUGCUUACCCUUCUGAUAUCAGUACCUUGGCUAGGUCCUAAUCACCUUUUAGUUCUGCCAAAAAUCUCUAGUAAUUGCAAUAACCUGUGUCCAAAACCAUAUUCUAUUGCUUAAUCAGAAUCUUCUUUAACAUUUAAUUGAAAACUUUGUCGUCCUUUGGAUUAAAAAGGACACAGUUAGAGAUUUGCGGCUUUAUAUUACCAACUGUGAUUUAUCUUAGGCAAUUUC